AAGAGCUACUUUUCAGAAUCUAUAUUAUAUCUGAGACAAUAAAAAAACAAUGAAGAAAUUAUACGGUAAUAUUUUAAUUUUUGUUUUAUCAUUGGCCUUGGUUUUGGAUGUUGUAGCGUUAGCAACACCAGGCUGGUUGGUUACGACAAUCGAUGCAAAUGGAAUAACGACGUGGACGUGUAAUGGAAUCUUCUUGAUUUAUGUUGGAGAGAUUUAUUACGGAAAAGCACUCACAGUUGACGAAACAUUUACCGCUGUUCUUCUUGUCGUUUCUGCGAUUUCACUUUGUUGCGCAAUUACACUCACUAUUCGGACGAUGAUCGGAAAGGAGAACCAUAGUAUAUUAACUAUCGAGUUAUGUCUUGCUGCCGCUAUUUUUAUCCUGUCGGGAAUAGCAAUAUACUGUGUAUUAAAAUCAAACCGCGGAUACUUGAAGCACAGCUCACUAGGAUAUAGUUUCGUGCUUAGUUGCAUUUCUGGUGGACUCUGUCUCGUAUCUUCUCUUGUUGCGGCAAAAAUAGCAAUUCUCAAAGAUGAUGUUGACGAUUAUGAUGAUGCAUUUUUGAUUUUAUGAACUUAUUCAUUAGAAAAAAUAAAAAUAAAAAACGAUAUUAAAUUGAAUUGCAAUCACAUAUUCUUAUUUUUCAAUAUAAAGAAGUGUUCAUGUAACUUUGUGAUCAAAAUACGACCCGUUACAAAUCAGUGCAAUUUUAUCUGGAAU